CGAUCAAGAGAAAGCUGAUCAGAUCUACGCCCUUUCCAUUCUUUCCCUUACAUUCGCCUCUCUCUACCUUGCUACAUUAUCACUCAGCUUCUGUGGAUACUUCUUCUUCUUUUUCCAGAUGAAUUGGAAUGUCAUUAUUUUGAUCAAGAGCUGGCAAUGAAGCAGCAUUAGGAAUUUCUAAUUGUGGUGCAUGCGACUGGAUAGGAUUGAGAAGCAAAUUUAGCUUCUUUUAAUUGGUCCAUGCUUGAAGGUAAUUUCAUAGAAUUUCCUAAGCCUGUCAUAGAGCAUUUGUCGCUGCUGGUUUGCGUGAAUUAUAGCCACUUCGAUCCCAGUUAGACAGAGUGACAGACUCGUCUCCGAGGAAAAGUGUACAAAGAGUUUAGUGUGGGGUCCUCCAGUGAAUAGCUUGUUAUGGCAUCGGUGCAGAAUCGGUUUCUGCAGCCACAGCAACCUCCAGUACCUCGGCGGAAAAGGUGGGCAGGUUGUUUGGGUGGACUGUCUUGUUUCCGGACACAAAAAGGUGGAAAGCGUAUUGUUCCUGCAUCACGCAUCCUGGAUGCCAAUGCUAUAUCAAAUCAGCCAAUUGGGCCUCCAGGUGGUGGAUUGACUAAUCAGGCUACUGGCGUUGCUUUGUCUCUUUUAGCUCCACCAUCCUCACCUGCUUCAUUCUCGAAUUCUGGACUCCCAUCAACAGCUCAGUCACCCAACUGCUUCUUGUCUGCCAAUUCACCUGGAGGUCCUUCAUCUACUAUGUUCGUCACUGGUCCAUAUGCUCACGAGACUCAGCUGGUCUCACCUCCUGUAUUCUCGACUUUCACAACUGAGCCAUCUACAGCUCCUUUAACUCCUCCACCAGAGCUGGCACAUUUGACAACUCCAUCUUCACCAGAUGUGCCUUAUGCACGUUUCCUUUCAUCGUCGGCGAAAUUCAAAACCACUGAUAAGAUCAGCUACCCUGCUGCAAAUGAUCUUCAAUCAACAUAUUUACUUUAUCCGGGUAGUCCUGCAAGUACGCUUAGAUCACCUGUUUCAAGGACGUCCGGUGAUUGCUUAUCGUCAUCCUUCAAUGGAAGGGAAUUCCCUUCUCAGUGGGAUCCCUCUAUCCCUUCAGAAGGGUCUCCAUAUGCAAAGUCUGACUCAGGCAUGUUUCUUGAUGCCCAGACAGCUGGAGCCUCCAAGUCACGUCAAGAUUCCAAUUUCUUCUGCCCAGAGACAUUUGCUCAAUUCUACCUUGACCAUUCAUCCUUUUCUAAUUCUGGUGGCAGGCUAAGUAUUUCCAAGGAAUCAGAUGCUUAUUCAAAUGGUGGAAAUGGAUACCAGAACCGUCAGAACAAAACUUGCAAACCAGAUGCUGAGGAACUCGAAGCUUACAGAGCAUCUUUUGGUUUUAGUGCAGAUGAAAUCAUUACCACAACUAAUUAUGUUGAGAUCUCUGAGGUGUUAGAUGACUCCUUUAGCAUAACACCUUUUGCUUCCAGUAAGCAUACCGAGGAGGAACAUAUUGCAACUCCACCCAGGAAAGAUGUAAUUGAAACCGAGAAGAGGGAAGAACAUUUUCCUUGCCCACAGCUCAGUAAAGUACGACUGAAUCGGUCAAGUAGCGUUCAUAUUGGAGGUUCAUAUAAUCACAUUGAAGAUCAAAUUCCACAGAGGCGGUUAGGAGAUACUGGGCGAAGCCUCCAAAGUAACCACACUUUGAGCGACGGUGGCAGCAUAUUCUCUAAGAUGGGUGCUUCUGGGGUUGGGCGUAAGUAUAAGUUUGGUGCAUCAAAUUCUGAUGCAGAGAUUGAAUACAAGAGAGUGUCAAGUUUGAGAGAAGGGCGCUACCGGAGAGUACACUAAGGUUAGGUUACUCUGCCUUUCCCGGCAGAGGAGCCAUGAGGAACUUUCUUAGGUGUUGGGUGUUCCUUAGCCGCAUGAUCUAUCCAACAUCUAUGUCGAGUCUGUCAUAUAAUGUGCCUCCCAGUGAUGGUAUAUUUCUCAUGAAAAUGCUGGGAAUGGAUCACCCGGGGAUGAUUUGGAGCAAAGAGGAAGAUGAGACUGUUUAUAUAUGUAAAUGUUUAAGCAUUUACAUGGUCCUAAAAUGGCAGUAGUGGCUUUAAAUAUAAUUGUGUAGUAUGUAGUGCCCACUCAACAUUUUGGAUCAUGUCCGAUUAGCUUCUCUUUAUUGUACAAAUGUUUAUUCAGUGAUAUACAGUUUAGUACUCAAGAUUUCUAGUCA